AGCUGGAGAGAAAGGGGAAGGCAAAUAACUGCCCUGGCUUUUCCUUACGAAGCCCCACUCAGAGAAGCAUCAGGGCCCGGAGAUGGCAGCCCGGUCAGUUUGGUCAGUUUUGACGUGCUUGGUGGUGGCUGUGCUUGUGGUCACUGCAGGAAGAGUCAGUGCAAAUGAGGAGUCCCAGCUGAUAGCGGACAAGUUUAAGAACUACAAUAAGAACAUUCGCCCGGUGAGGCACCCUGACGAUAAAGUAGAGGUCCAGGUCAAACUGACCCUGACCAACCUCAUCUCCCUGAAUGAGAAGGAGGAGACGUUGACCACCAAUGUGUGGAUUGAAAUGCAAUGGAACGAUUAUCGCCUGGCGUGGAACACCUCCGACUACCACGACAUCGGCAUCAUCCGUGUGCCGUACAACACGGUGUGGUUGCCGGACAUAGUGCUGGAGAACAACAUUGAUGGUAAAUUUGAUGUAGCAUAUUAUGCUAACGUGCUGAUCUACAGUGAUGGCUCUAUGUACUGGUUGCCUCCAGCUAUCUAUCGCAGCACCUGUGCCAUUGAAAUCACCUAUUUUCCCUUCGACUGGCAAAACUGCACACUGGUCUUCAGGUCUCAGACAUACAGCGCCAAUGAAAUUGACAUGAUCUUGGCUAUCGAUCUAGAGACUCACAAACCCAUUGAAUGGGUGGACAUCGACCCAGAGGCCUUCACUGAGAACGGAGAGUGGGCCAUCAAGCAUCGCCCGGCGCGCAAACUGACCAACCCGCGCUACUCUCCAGACGAUCUGGAGUACCAGGAGGUGUAUUUCAACCUCAUCAUCCAGAGGAAACCUCUCUUCUACAUCAUCAACAUCAUCCUGCCCUGCUCCCUCAUCUCCUCACUGGUUGUCCUGGCCUACUUCCUGCCUGCCCAGGCUGGAGGGCAGAAGCUGACUGUGUCUAUCUCAGUUCUCCUGGCUCAGACUGUCUUCCUCAUUCUUGUUGCUCAGAAGAUUCCAGAGACCUCUCUCUCAGUCCCUCUCAUCGGCAAGUACCUGAUCUUCGUCAUGUCCGUGACCACACUCAUCGUCACCAACUGCAUCAUCGUCCUCAAUUUCUCCCUCCGCAGCCCCAGCACACACACCAUGUCUCGCACCAUCAAGCACAUUUUCCUGGAGGUGGUCCCUCGUUUCCUGGGCAUGGCCCCUCUGGUGGAUGAUGGUGAGGAGGAGAGUGGGAUGGGGGGAGUUAGGGAGAGGAGGCGCAGCUCCUUCGGUCUGAUGCAGCGGGCUGAGGAGUAUGUCCUGAAGCAGCCGCGGAGUGAGAUGAUGUUCGACAAACAGAGAGAGAGACAUGGACUGACACGAUCCUUUGUGGAUGCUAUAGAUGUGAGCAGCACUGCUACUCUGUAUAAGAGUCUGGCUAAGGCAGCACCAGAGAUUAAAGAGUGUGUGGAUGCCUGUAACUUCAUCGCAGAGAGCACCAAACAACAGAAUGACAUUGGAUCUGAGAUGGAGAGUUGGGUCCUGAUUGGGAAGAUGAUUGACAAAGUUUGCUUCUGGGCAGCAAUCUUGCUCUUCUCCAUUGGAACGGUGGCCAUCUUCCUCAUGGGUCACUUCAAUCAGGCGCCGGAGUACCCUUUCAGUUGGGAGAAUAAAACAUACACUCCUGAAUAAAGGAGUAGCCCUGCAUCAGAGAGAGAACAGACAGGAGAAGAGAGAGAGAGGGGGUGAGAGAAAGACACACCCUGAGAGAAAUCUAAAAGCAUUUAUUAAAUCUAAUGAGACUGUGAUCUAUAUUUACCUAAAA